ACGUAAGAGAGUCAGGGAAUGGGGACGGAGGGAGGAGGGAGGGACAGAGUGGAGGGAAGGCAGGAGUACCAGCCCUUCCUCCAAUUCCUCUUCCUUCUAUCCUUAAAAUCAGUCAGCCAAUCCUUCUGUCUGUAUGUCGUGGUGGAAGAGUUGGUAGCCCUGCACAUGUCCAUCCGAGAAUUACGUCACAGGUGGGCACAAGCCGCAGUCAUUCGCCGGCGCCUCCCUGCAGUCUCAGGUAGCAGCGGCGAUGCGUAGUGCUGUUGCUUUGUACUGAGUGAGCGUGAAAGAACCCUCGUGACGAUAUAUGGUGAUGGACGUGUGGGCCUUUACGUUGUGGAAAUAGAAGGAGAAACAGGAGCGCGAAGAGGAAGAGAGGAAGAAACGCCUGCAGUUGUAUGUGUUUAUUCUGCGCUGUGUCACCUACCCGUUCAACGCCAAGCAGCCCACGGACAUGACCAAGAGGCAGAUCAAAGUCACCAAGCACCAACUGGACGUCAUUCAGGGGCGCUUCCAGAGCUUUCUGAAAGGAGAGCUGCAGAUAGCAGCAGACGAAGCCUUCAUCAACGCCGUGCAGAGUUAUUAUGAGAUCUUCCUCAAGAACGAGCGCCUCGCUUCCAUGGUGACUUCCGGUGCCUGCUCCCAGCAUGACCUAAGGGAGGUCUUCAAACACAACGUGGAAAAGAGAGUCAGGUCCCUCCCAGAAAUUGACGGUCUCAGUAAGGAGACUGUGCUCACCUCCUGGAUGGCCAAGUUUGACAUGAUAAUUAAAGGUGAAGAAGACAGCAAGAGGCCAGGUCGGAUGCAGCAACCGCUCAACAGUGAGCUCAUUAUGCCUAAAGAGCAACUCUUUGACAUGUUUCAGCAAAUCUUAGGCAUCAAGAAAUUUGAGCACCAGCUGCUGUUCAAUGCACUUCAGCUGGACAGCCAAGAUGAACAAGCUGCAGCUAUCCGGAGAGAGUUGGAUGGACGCAUGCAAAAGGUUGCAGAACUAGAGAGGAAUCGCAAGCUGAUGCCCAAGUUUGUGGUGAAAGAAAUGGAGUCCCUUUAUCUGGAGGAGCUUAAGACUUCAAUAAACCUCUUGAUGGCCAACCUAGAGAGUCUUCCUGUUUCAAAAUGUUCACAGGAAGGCAAAUAUGGGUUACAAAAACUCAGAAAGUACAAUCAUAGCCGGAGACGCAGCUCAGUCUUAAGGCAGGUAGCUGAGUGCAUGUCAGUUGUAUCUCGCUCGCUCGGACUGACUCCCUUUUUGGCACACUAUUUGCAAGUUUAUGGCUCUCUCAGCAGGUCUCAGAGCUCGUUAAGUGGCCGCGAUAGUGACAGUAUGGACAACGAAGUGACGCUUUCCAAGAUGGAUGUUGUCCUGUCCUUUGCUCUUGAGGUGCUGGUGAUGGAGGUGCGGGAGAUCAAACAUCUACCACCAAACAGAAUAUUUUACUGCACGAUGGAGGUGGAGGGUGGAGAAAAGCUUCAGACUGACCAAGCAGAGGCAUCAAAACCAAUGUGGGACACACAAGGGGAUUUCACAACAACACAUCCACUACCUGGUGUCAAAGUAAAGCUGUAUACAGAAUCAGCAUCUAUGCUUUCCCUAGAUGAUAAGGAACUAGGCAAGGUUGUUCUACAUCCCACAGCCAUGUCAUCCAAGGUACCUGAAUGGUACAAGAUGCAAGUUCCAAAAAAUUCACCUGAAAAUAAUCUUAGAAUUAAGAUUGCUGUCAGAAUGGAUAAACCACAAAACUUAAAACAUUGUGGCCAUCUGUAUGCUCUAGGGAAGAGUUGCUGGAAAAAGUGGAAGAAACGGUAUUUUUGUUUAGUACAAGUGUCCCAGUACACAUUUGCCAUGUGUAGCUACAGAGAGAAGAAAAGCGAACCCACGGAGAUGAUGCAGCUGGAUGGGUAUACAGUGGACUACAUUGAGGCAGUGUCAGGUAAUGCUACAUUCUGUUGGAUGAUAUUCACAUAUAUUGGCUGCAAAAUUCUUUGAUCUCUAGAUAUAAACAUCAUCAAGA